CGAAUAUUAGCACAGCCACAAGGAAGCACCUUCAUUCAUGAUCAACUACAUCCUGCUAGUAUCACGACAAGGCAAAGUACGCCUUGCGAAAUGGUUCUCAACCAUGCCGCCCAAGGUGAAAGCGAAGAUCGUAAAGGACGUCACUCAGCUCGUCCUGGCUCGGCGCACGCGAAUGUGCAACUUCCUGGAGUACAAGGACACCAAGGUCGUAUACCGCCGAUACGCAUCAUUGUUCUUCGUUUGUGGGAUUGCCUCAGGGGAUAACGAACUCAUCACGCUGGAGAUUAUUCACCGUUAUGUCGAGGUUUUGGAUCGGUACUUUGGAAAUGUAUGUGAGCUGGACCUCAUCUUCAAUUUCCAGAAAGCAUAUGCGAUCCUAGACGAGCUCAUAAUCGCAGGAGAAAUGCAAGAAUCCUCCAAGAAGUCAGUGCUGCGCGUGGUCACACAGUCAGAUGGCGUCGAAGAGCAAGAGUCCUCCGAGGACAUCAUAGGUCGUUUGGGAGCUGCACGCGGUUAGACUUAUUUUCUUUCAUGUGAUGCUGGCUGUAUCUAUAGCAUUUCAAGGCCCGUUGAUCCGCUGAACACACUACCCCGAGCCGAUUAGGAUUCAAUCGUCGCACUCAAAGGCAUGGCAGUGGUGUCU